UAUCCAGAACACACAAUCACAAAAGCCCUCUCAUCAGUGACCAGUACGUCUUUACUGAUCAGUGACAACUUGUGAGCAACUGACUACUAGCACCAUGGUCGCCUGCAGCGUCACGGAGGAGUGCCCGGUGGCCGUGUCGGCCGAGCUGCUGUGGAAGGUUUUCCUCGCCGGCGACGCGUCCAUCAUGACCAAGGCCUGCGUCGGCAUGAUCGACGCCGUGGAGGUCGAGGGCGACGGCGGGCCCGGGAGCGUCACCACCAUGAAGCUCAACCCGUCCGUGGGUGACGCGAAGGUGUUCAAGACCCGGUUGCUGGCGCGCGACGCGGCGGCGCUCGUGGUGAGGUCGGAGAUGGUGGUGGAGGGCGGCGAGGUGGCGGCGAAGCUCAAGUCGCAGGUGUCGGAGCUGAAGGUGGUGCCGGCCGGCGAGGGCGCCUGCGUGUGCAAGGUCACGGUGGAGUACGAGCGCCUGGACGGCACGCCGCUGGCGCCGGAGGACCAGGCCAAGCUCGUCCAUGGCUACCUGGGCCUCAUCAAGAAGGUGGAGGAGUACAUCGUCGCGCACCCCGGCGAGUUCGCCUGAGCGCCGCCGGCCGCACGGGAGAAUCGCCGUCGUGGCGAUCGGGGGAAUCAGUAUUACGUAAAUGGUGGUGAUCACGUAUUCACGCCCACGGGUGUCUUGAUUUUGAAUAAUGAGAGGAAGUGACGAUCCUCUGCUUGUGGUUGUGGAGGAAACAGCAGUUUCGAUUCUGUGAGAACUGAGAACACAGUGUAUGUUCUACUGUUGUGUGUGUGUGUGUGUGUGUGUGUGUGUGCCCGUUCCGUGCUCAUAAGGAGCAUUUUGAUUUGGAAUAAUGAGAGGAAGUGAUACUCUUUAUAUUUA